AUGGAGCACGAGCACGAGCACGAGCACGUCCUCAAUAUGUCCAUUUUCACAGAAACCACCAAUGAUGCGGGUAUGAGUUCCGUGGACGAUAUCCGGUUCGAGCACUCCGACGUGGACAGCACAACCUCAGACCACAGCCUUGACGAAGACCCACCAAAGGACUAUUGGUUUGGUCGCAAAUACUUUGAAUGUGUGCUGGCCCAGAAUAUACUGCAGAAUUCACGACUGUAUGACAGUGUAGCUCAAGUCGAUGCCGACCUCGAGCAUGCUGCCUACCGUGUAAUGAUGUUCUGCAUCGGUGCGGUCGUCCGCAAGGGUGAUCGCCGACAGAAGGCUGUACUUCUUACCGUUCUCCGUCAGUACGGGGCGACGUCGCAAGCCUCAGACUUCCCACAUCCACGAAAUGGCAAGGCUCGAGGCGAAGGAAGUGUAAGAGAAUAUCCGCAGAAGGUCGAGCAGUUUGUUGACGAGAUCAAUACUUCCUCGUCGGACCUAGGACGAUAUGCGACAGCUCUGAAGGAGUACAGUGACAAGCACGGAAUGGCACUGACGUACAGGGUUGACGAGUUGUCUAAGGUGCCACCGCGUUUUCGAGCGAUCGUUGUGGUGGAUGAGACGUCAACGUAUGUCGGCACUGCGAAAACCAAGAAGCAAGCGCGCCAUGAGGCGGCUAAGGAAGCCUGUUUAGAGAUGGACAUUGAAGCUUAA